AUGACUCCUUUGGGACGGGGACGACUGGGAGACCGACCCGACUUUGAGAACGAUGUGUCGGAGAAGGAGCAGCGCUGGGGGGCCAAGACGGUGUCGGGCUCAGGACAUCAGGGGCACAUAGAUAUCCACGAACUGCGGAACACGGUGUCGACGGAGCACACCAGCCUGAAGCAGAAGGAGCAGGAGUGCAUGCCCAAGGCCUCGCAUGGAUACGGAGGAAAGUUUGGAGUGCAGCAGGACCGCAUGGACAAGUCUGCUGUGGGUCAUGAUUACCAGAUGAAGUUGUCCAAGCACUGCUCCCAGACCGACACGUCAAAGGGUUUUGGAGGGAAGUAUGGAGUCCAGGCUGACCGUGUUGACCAGUCAGCGGUUGGGUUUGAGUAUGCCGGGAAGACGGAGAAACACGCUUCACAGAAAGACUACUCCACUGGGUUUGGGGGGCGAUACGGCGUGCAGGCUGACCGCGUGGACGAGAGCGCUAUGGGCUUCGAUUACCAGGGCAAAACCGAGAAACACGAGUCCCAGAAAGAUUACGCUAAGGGCUUUGGCGGCAAGUACGGUGUUGAGACCGACAAGGUGGACAAGAGCGCGAUGGGCUUCGAGUACCAGGGCAAGACGGAGAGGCACGAGUCCCAGAAAGACUACGUGAAGGGCUUCGGGGGCAAGUUUGGCGUUCAGACGGACAGACAGGAUAAAUCAGCGCUGGGAUGGGACCACCAGGAGAAACUGCAGCUCCAUGAAUCCCAGAAAGACUAUAAGCGUGGGUUUGGAGGGCAGUAUGGGGUACAGGUGGAGAAGCAGGACCAGUGUGCCCUGGGAUAUGAGCACAAGGAGAGCCUGGCCAAGCACGAGUCCCAGAAAGAUUACUCUAAAGGCUUUGGAGGGAAGUUUGGCGUCCAGAACGACCGGAUGGAUAAGAGCGCGGGAACUUUUGAACACGUGGAGAAGCCGACCCCAUCGUACCAGAAAACCAAACCUGUGGAAGCUGCCGGCAGCAGCACAGGAAGCAUCAAGGCCCGCUUCGAGAACAUCGCCAGGGAGAAGGAGGAGGAGGACAGGAAGCGGGCUGAGGAGGAGCGGGUGCGUCGACAGGCCAAGGAGAAGCAGGAGCAAGACGAGGCACGCCGUAUAAUCGAGGCUACGCCCAGGGCUCCCUCUCCUGCUCCUGCUCCUGCUGUGAGUACCGUCCCCGUCCCCAGCCCGACCCCCAGCCCGACCCCGGCCGUCCAACCAGCUGCUGCUCCAACACAUGAGAAAUCAGAGGAGCCGUAUUACGAUACCACAGAGGAGAACGGCGAGCAGCUGUACGAGGCGGAGCCACAAACGCAGCAGCAGCAGGAGGAGGAGGAGCUCUACCAGAACCCAGACGAGACCGCAGCAGCAGGAGACGGCCAACAGUACGACUAUGGCGAGGACCUCGGGGUGACGGCGGUCGCUCUGUACGAUUACCAAGCAGCCGGCAACGACGAGAUCUCCUUCGACCCCGAUGACAUCAUCACCAACAUCGAGAUGAUCGAUGAAGGCUGGUGGCGAGGCGUCUGCAGAGGCGCCUACGGCCUCUUCCCCGCCAACUACGUGGAGGUCCGGCAAUGAUUGACGAUCCGUGUCCCUGUGCAAGAAAAAAAAAAAAGAAGAAGAGAGCGAGAGAAAGGAUACGUUUUCAAACCCCUCUUUGUCCUUUUCAUACCCCGAUGAUUUCUCUCCUCACCUCAUUUUAGCGCUUUAACUCCGGCUUUUCUUUCCCUCCUCCUCCUCUUCCAAAAGUUUCUCUCCGCGCUGCAGGACGAGGUCGACGACUUAUCCCAGAAUGGAUUAACACUAAGAGAAUAUUUAGACUUCAUUAUAUAGAUUAAAAAAACAGACGCAAAGCGUCGUCACAGUCAAAGCUCCAAAAUGCAGCUCGGACGUGGAGAUGCAUUUUGCAGCUUUUUAUUUUUCUAAACACGGUGUUCGAGUGCGAUCAGGUUCUUCUUCACACAUGCUAGAGGAGAGUUUUUAAGUCUCACCAAAGACCAGAAGGAGGGGGGGGCGGAGGCUCACUGCUGAGUAGCUCAACCUUCAUGUAAGCAAGAGCAGACUGUGGGUGAUAUUGUUUGGAGUAUUUGUAUAUUGAGGCUAAUUCCUGACGUCGACCAAUCGCUGAUACACGUUUUGCUUCUCGGUGCGUCUGCAGAACGAGGAUUUUAAAUCUCCUGAUCGACGCUUCAAGCCGUCUCCUUUUUUUCUGAAUACUCACAUCUGCCACAGAGCUUGUUACCAAUGAUUCAAAUUCAAGUUUCCUCCUUUAACUGGCACUUCAGCUGCUCAGAGUAAACGGUGCCACAAAGUUUAGGACUUCCUCUCCACUGUGGGUAAAUCAUAGAAACGCCACAGCUCACGGCGUUGUUUGAAUCAUCUCCGCUCAUCUUUGUACAGAGAGAUCAGGAUUUAUGAGAAUUUGUGCUCGUCUUUGUCUUCAUGUCUCGCUGCCUGCGGGUUUGUGUGUCGUAACGUGUCGAUGUGCACACGUGGUGAGGCACGGUGACGGAACAGCUGACAUCCUCCAUCAGCCGCCGAGCCGUGUGCCCCGACCUCGGAGUGAGUGACCUUUUCAAAACGAGAGGGCUUACGACGCCUGUAGACGCGUUUAUCAGGCUGCUGUUAAGGGAAAAGGCUUCGUUGCUUUAUUUUCUCUCCUAACACUAAUUAUCUCUAACAGACAGCGUCUGUGAUCGCAGUAGUGUAGCUCAAACAGGUGUGAGUGUGUGUGAGUGUGUGUGUGAAUGUGUGUGUGUGAGAGAGAGAGAGAUUCAUUAAAAUCAUCUUCGGGGUUUUUUAAUUAAAAAAAAAAGUGACCUUUUCAAAAGCAUUAUUUUUAUCUGUACCUCUGUUUGCUCGAGUCGCAUCAUUACCUGCUUGUUCUUUUUUUUUAGUUUCAAUAAAUAAACUAUGACUUAUAAA